AUGAACUUCUCGAAGGGUGAUUGCAAGUCCAAGAUGGUGCAUGGCAUGGUUAUGCUUCUUUUCAUUUACAGCACAUGCCUGGUGCUGGUACAGAGAGUCGAGGCUGCCGAUCCCGAUCCUCUGGUCGACUUUUCAGCAAACGCAACUACACCUGUCUUCCGCAACAUCUUUGCCAAUGGAGAUGUAUCUAUUGGAUCUGGAGGCGUUCGAGCAGCUCUCGACAUCGGAAAGUUCCCUGGCCUUACGUCCCAGGGUCUGACCGUUGUUCAGUUCAAGAUGGUCCCGUGUGGAGAGAACGUACCACACACCCACCCCCGUGCUACAGAGCUCCUUUCCUUGAUCAGUGGUGGUCCACUUCAGGCUGGUUUCGUUGACACCAAAGGACAAGCUCAUAUCCACAUUCUGUACCCGGGAGAUCUCAUCGUCUUUCCUCGCGGUUUGUUACAUUUUGAGUUGAAUGUUGGUACAGAAACAGCUUUCUACCUUUCGGCUCUGAAUAGCCAAAAUCCAGGCACUUUGGAUGCUGCUGGAGCGGUUUUGCAAUUACCUGAGCGUGCAGCUGCUAUAGCGUUCAAUCAAGAUAUAGCAACAGUUGGAGCACUGAAGUCGCAGAGACCUUAUAACGAGCCGCCGACUCUGGAGGCUGCCAAGCAUGGAGUGUGUGUUCCUGGCCAGUUGAUUUCCACCACUGUCUGA